AUGUCGUCAUCAUCACGGGAAGAGAAUGUGUACUUAGCCAAGUUAGCGGAGCAAGCUGAGCGGUAUGAGGAAAUGGUUGAGUUCAUGGAGAAAGUUGCAAAGACCGUAGACACCGAGGAGCUCUCUGUGGAAGAGCGAAACCUCUUGUCCGUUGCUUACAAGAACGUGAUUGGCGCUAGGAGAGCCUCGUGGAGGAUCAUUUCUUCCAUUGAGCAGAAGGAAGAAAGCAGAGGAAACGAAGAUCACGUCUCGAUAAUCAAGGACUACAGAGGCAAGAUCGAGACCGAGCUCAGCAAAAUCUGCGAUGGGAUAUUGAACCUUCUCGAUGCUCACCUUGUUCCCACUGCGUCUUCCGCCGAGUCCAAAGUCUUUUACCUCAAGAUGAAAGGAGAUUACCACAGGUACCUUGCUGAGUUUAGGACUGGAGCUGAGAGGAAGGAGUCUGCAGAGAGCACUCUUGUAGCUUACAAAUCUGCUCAGGAUAUUGCACUUGCUGAUUUAGCUCCUACUCAUCCGAUUAGAUUGGGACUUGCCCUUAACUUCUCUGUCUUCUACUAUGAGAUCCUCAACUCACCUGAUCGCGCUUGCAAUCUCGCAAAACAGGCUUUUGAUGAAGCAAUCUCUGAGCUGGACACGUUAGGAGAAGAAUCAUACAAGGACAGUACACUGAUAAUGCAACUUCUCCGCGACAAUCUGACCCUCUGGACUUCUGACAUUAAUGAUGAGGCGGGUGGUGAUGAGAUCAAGGAGGCGUCAAAACCUGAGUUGGAAGAAGGGAAACAAGCUUAG